AACAGACGCGGAAGUGGGACACACUCGCCAACUCACUUCCGGUCUGACGAUGGGGCUCACGAUCACCUCCAUCGUGUCGCGGCUCUUCGGCAAAAAACAGAUGCGAAUCCUCAUGGUGGGAUUGGAUGCUGCUGGUAAAACGACAAUUCUGUACAAGCUAAAGCUGGGAGAAAUCGUCACCACCAUCCCGACUAUUGGUUUCAAUGUGGAGUCGGUGGAGUACAAGAACAUUUGUUUUACUGUGUGGGAUGUGGGCGGUCAGGAUAAAAUCCGUCCAUUGUGGAGACACUAUUUCCAGAACACACAGGGCCUUAUCUUUGUUGUGGACAGUAAUGACCGGGAGCGAGUGCAGGAGGCAGCAGAAGAACUACAGAAAAUGCUUCAAGAGGACGAGCUGAGAGAUGCUUUGUUGCUGAUAUUUGCAAACAAGCAGGACCUGCCAAAUGCCAUCUCCGUCAGUGACAUGAAGGAUAAACUGGGAUUGACCUCUUUGAGCAGCAGAAAUUGGUAUGUGCAGGCGACCUGUGCCAUACAGGGCAAUGGCCUGUUUGACGGCCUCGACUGGCUGUCGAAAGAAUUGUUAAAGAAUUAAGAGAAAAGGCUUCAAGCAAGACUUGGCCUGUUAUCAGUGUCUUGCCUGGUGGAACUUGAACUCGAGGGCGAGAACUUCCUCCAUCGCUCAGUCUAGCUACUUAUAAAGUUGCAUUGUGUGCACAUGUCAUUCACAUCAUGUGUGUACGUCCCACGAUUUCUCCAUGUGUGCACAUAUUGCCCACACUGCACUGAGCGACAGAGGAAUUUUGACCCAAAGACUUCAACCAUUGAUUCCAGUGUAAACCCGCAUCUAUUCAGUCUUUUAUUACUUGUUUAAGCUGCAUGUUUAAAAAAUAAUUUGCAUUGAAGUUUGGAUUGAGCAGACACGGCUAUGGGGAUGCAGGUGUGUGACUGGGCCCGGAGCACGUCAGUGUGGCCUCUGAACUUUCCGCCUUUCUAGCUGUCAAUGUUUGUGACAGGAGGAAAUCUUUUGGCAGAAAUUUACUGAACUGCAGUGAACACAGUUCCCAAAUGUAAUAAAUUCACUCCUUUCAGAACGGCACAACACAACAUCCCUCUGCACCAGUUAUAUUUCCUAGCUUGGACUAUGGUGUUGUUUUAUUGGCUGUUUAACUUAGUGAAGCUUCUCAAUGUUGGCCGUGCUGUAAGUGUACAUAUUCUUUACAGGACGUGUCAGUGACAGAAGAUGUGUGGUGUAGAUGUGAAUUGGUAAUUGCUUUGUGCAGGAGUGUGUGGGGAAUGGAAGAAGGUACAGAACGCAGCAGUAGCCUAGCUUUUCCAAGUCCAACCAGAAUGGCUGCUGCAUUUGUGGGAAUGAAAAACAGUAUCUCCACAGGAAAUUAAUCAAACAAACUUACACCAAUUCAGAGUCAUCUCACUUCCCCACAAUGCUGAGCUGCUGCCUUGUGUCAUGGCAAGGCCUGGCUCCUGGCUUCAUGUUUAGCUGUCGGAGGCUCUGGCUCUGCCCUGCACAGUGUCUGUCUCUGUGCUGAUUGACUAGAGGCUGGAAGGCAGUGCUUCAGCCUGUAAUUAAAGUGUUUGGGAUAAUUCAGAGUUGAUUUAGAGAAGCCACAGCUUAUGGAAACACCGUGUGUAAAACAAUCCACUGCUCUGCCAACCUCCCCAAAGGCGGAUUUUACAAAAACAAAAUUGGAUGAGCCGAAUAUUAAACUGUACAUUGAAUCCCUUUGCUCCUGAGCCCAUUCCUCUUUGAUUCUAAACAUAUGGCUGAACAGUGAAGUUACCUUUGAACCCAUUCCAUCUGACUUCAUUGAGUUUCUUGGCUUUCUUUCCCACACUGUGAUCCUGAUUGUCAUUUCUGUAGCACGGUGAUAAUUAAUUCAAAAUGUUCUUCUACUCCGAGAUUCAAUGAGUCAGGCAAUUCAUCCUUCUUUUAAGUCCCGAGUGCGAUGCUUUUAUAUGUCAGCACUCCUUUCUGAAAUUCUGCUGCUUGAAUCCUAAUAAAGGCCUUUUCAUAAAUGUUCCCCGAUCUUUUGUGCAGGAAUUGUGGUUUGCUUUUGUGCAAGAAAAUGUUCAGACCAAUAAAACAAUUAUUAGUUUCCUGA